AUGGGGGACCAACCUUGUACCUCCGGGAGAUCCACGCUCCCACCUGGAAACACGCGGGAAACGAAGCCUCCAAAAAAGCGGUGCCUCCUAGCUCCACGUUGGGAUUAUCCAGAAGGAACCCCGAACGGAGGUAACACCACUCUCCCUUCCACACCUCCUCCAGCAUCACCGGGUCUGAAGUCGCAUCCACCUCCUCCGGAGAAGUAG